AUGGCGUUGGACCCGCCGUCUCUCGACCUGCCCGUCACCGACGCGGGGCAGCUGGCCAGGGCGGGUUCAUGGCAGGCUCGCGCCGCGUCGACGCGGCAGCCCGGCGCCAGCGCGGCGCCGACGCCUCGAGGUGUGGUUCUGGGCCCCCCUGGGGCUCCAGAGGCCUCCAGGAGGCCGCGCGUGGCCACGGCUGGACGCAGCUCGGAGGGCUGGUCGGGGCGGUGUCCGGAGAGGGUCCGGGGAGUCGACGCGGAGCGGGGAUGGCCCUCGGCAGGUCCGCGCCGCGUCCACGCGGCGGCGACGCUGGCGCGGGCGCUCAGCGUGGAAGGCCACCCGCAGCAGAAGCCGCUCAUCCGCAUCGUUACGACAGCGACCAGCAGUAAAAGUGCUUGCGAGAGCGGGGGAGGCGUCUGCGUAGUUUGA